UUUUUAGUAUUUGGUUUCUAGAGAGCCAUAUGUCACAUUCACAAAUGUCUUAAUGGAUUUGGUAGUACAACUCCAUCUAAUUAAUAUUUAACUAUUUAUAAUUAGGUCAGCAGAAUAUCCUUUUAUCUUUAUCACAUCCUUUUUAUUCCAUACAAACACCACUUCAUUAAGCUCUAACUUGAUUUAAUUCCCUACAAAUUAUAUAACUGACCAAGUUAGUUAUAAUUAUGUCCUCCUCGAUUCCACAAACCAACAACACUACAGACUCUUCCGAACCUGGCCAAACCGGUUUUGAUACAAACACUAUUGUAGUUCUAGCAGCCUUGUUAUGUGCACUUGUAGCUGCACUUGUACUGAACUCAGUUAUACAAUAUGCUUUGCGAAAUAGGCGUGAAUCUUUAGAAGCAGCAACUACUACCGAUAAACAUUCCAUAAAGAAGAUUCCUGUGGAAGUUUUUAGGUCAGGAUCAGAGAUUCUAGCAACCGAGUGCUCUAUCUGUCUAGGAGACUUUGUAGAUGGAGAAAAGGCAUUUAGUGGCUUUGCCACCCGGAGGCAAUCGAGUAGGUGUUAAUCAGGGUGAAUAUGAUAGUGUGGUUAUUGAUUUCAUGGUGUGAAAGAACUCCAUUGACAAUAAUGGGUUAUGGUAGAUGCUUUAGCUUGUAGAGGUGACGUUUUUACAUAUUUCAUUGUCAAAGCUGCUUUUGUAAAUCAUCGAUCUUUAGCUUUUUAUCGAACACCUUUUUAGUACAUGUAUAUUGUUUUUAUUAAUAUACUAAUUUAGCUAACA